AUGCUGGCGAUCGAAGCCGGGAUGACCAUGGAGGAGAUUAACAAAUGCUCGCUGGCGGCUAGCAAUGCGUGGGCAGAUGAGUGCAUGGCCAAGGCCAUCGCACCCUCGAAAGCCAAUGUGCAAGCGGUGGCAAUUCGAGGUUCAGGGCCGGCAGACAAGAUUACAGUCAAGACUUCUCCGAGCGAUGCGCUGCCAGUGGUCAAGACGCGGCCGGAGUUUGAGAAGGUCUGGAACACAUACGGCAGUAGCGCCGGAUCAGGGAGUUGCUCCAUUCCGAUCUAUAACAAACAUCGGAGGAUUGAGCUGGCCAGAUUAGAAAAGAUGGACAAAGACCACGCCGCGCUGGAAGAGGCGACAGAGUUCCAGGCAAAAAGAGAAGCAGCGAUAGCUGCAGAUGAAGCGGCCACAGAGAAGAAGCGUGCUAAGCGGCAAAAGAGGAAGGAUGCAAAAGCAAAGAGCCAGCAGCUGAAAAAAGAAGCAGACGGCAUCAACAAGUUUGGAAGUGAUGGCAGCUUCUUAGAUAUGAUGGCAAAGAUGGAUCCCAAGGUGUUGGAGGAGGAAGCCAGAAAAGCCAAAGAGGCUGCAGCGAUUGCUGCAAAGGAGGCAGCAGCUGCGAAAGCGUCAACCAUCACACCGACACAGAUGAGCUCCCAGCAGAACAUUUCCAUCCGUGACGUGGAGGAUUAG